AGCGAAUGAAAAUGUUUGGAACAGGUUCAGUCCGUAAUACAAAGCCGUUGUGACGUGACGCCAUGCCGAUUAUAAUACAUAAAACCGAUGUAAGUCCGCCGGCACGCGCUACACUAAUCCUCGCAGAAUUGCUCGGUCUUAAAAUCGAAACUCGCGAAGUGAAUCUACCUUCAAGGCAACAAUUCAGCCCUGAGUAUUUAAAGAAGAAUCCACUGCAUACAGUUCCACUAUUAGAAGAUGACGGCUUAGUACUUCAGGACAGCCAUGCGAUCAUGAUAUACCUCGUAUCGAAAUAUGGGAUUGAGCAUGAGAGUUUGUACCCUAAAGAUGAAGCAGCAAGAGCGAUAGUCAAUCAACGCUUGUUUUUUGACGCGUCUAUACUCUUUCCAAGGUUGAAAUCAGUUAUUUAUGGUACUGUAAAGCAUGGGAUACCAAUGACAGAAGCUCAGGAGACAGAUAUAAAGGAAUGUUAUGAAGUUGCUGAAAAAUACCUUACGAAUCAAUAUAUAGCGGGUGAUUGUUUGACCUUGGCCGAUAUCUCGUGUAUCACUACUAUAUCUUCACUAGACUGUAUCGUGCCCAUACAUUUAAAGUACAGGAGGCUUCAUAACUGGUGGGAUCGACUAAAGAAGGAGCCGUGGUAUCAGAAGAUUAAUCAACCAGGAUUGGCGCUCUUUGGGAGAUUUAUCAAAGGCUUUUUGUAAAAUGUAUUGUUUUGAAAUUAUUGUACCUAAUGUUAUCAAAUAUAGUUUGGACAUUGGACAAAUUGUAAAUACAAAUGACAGUACCUAUGUUUGUUCUUUCCUUCCAGUUUUGAGCAGCUGAUUAAAUUUGCGGUGUGCUAUAUGCAGGGUUUCGAUAGUUUUAGACCUCAUGACAUAGUUAAUAUUCCCCGUUGAAUGUUUUAGUUAGCGCUGCUUUGGUAUGACGAAUGUAAGUAAGGUUAGAUACUCUGCAAUGUAUGUUUUAUCAAUCCACAAUAUGUUUAAUAAAAUAGAUGUUUCAAAUAUCCAUUGCAACAAAUACAAAAAAUUCACUUACCUUACUACAAACAGACAAACUUAUUUUAUUAAUUAUCAAGUUUUUGGUAUCCCUCUUGGAUACUUCUUCCAGAAAAUAUUUCACACGAAUAGGAAAAAAUAUUCUUAGGUAUUUUAGACUGUCUUUUUGAAUUGAGUUUAUUUGAGCCCUGACCGGGGUGAGAAUGUGUAG